UCGUAGAUACGUUUUGGUUAUGGAAAGUGGAAACAGAGGGAGGAAGAAGAAAACUACGCGGUUCGUCUCUGAAGCACACAGUACCACUUUCAUCUCCGUUAUGCUGUGUUUUCAUGUUCUGUUUCUCUGCUUUGUUUGGUUGACGGGAAAAUUGCUGUUCCACAAGUUCUCUCUACAAUCGUAAUAAAGGACUCAGGCGAGGACUUUAAGUACUGCUCAUGCUUACGUUUAUUGAUUUCCUUUCCAUUUCAGAUCAGUUUUGAUGGCCCGGAAUUCAAGAUUUGAUACCCGCAUUAGCGAGUCUGAACUGGAUGAUUACAGAUACAGGUAUUACAGAGAACUGCAGAAUGGUAGCGUGAGGGUGAAAAUUUCAGAUACGACAUUUAGAUGCCCUUAUUGCCCCAGGAAGGAUGAUCGAGAUUACCGGUGCAGAGAGCUUCUCCAACACGCUUCCCGUGUUGGCAGAGAUUCAGGAAGCGGCGAUGUUAAAGAGAAAGCGAGGCAUUUAGCUUUGAUGAAAUAUUUGGACAAGUAUCUGGACACGAAGCAGUCACCGGCGUCCACCAAAGAUACUGAAAGUUCUACGGCGAAUGAUGCUGACGGGCAUUUUGUUUGGCCUUGGGUGGGCAUCAUAGCCAACAUUCCAGUUCAACGGAUUGAUGGGCGAUAUGUUGGGGAGAGUGGUACCAAGAUUAAAGAAUAUUUAGCCGCUCAAGGAUUCAACCCCUCGAGGGUUAAUCCGCUUUGGAACCACCGAGGUCACUCAGGGUUUGCCAUAGUGGAAUUUGACAAAGACUGGCCAGGAUUCACAAAUGCAAUCGCCUUUGAUAAGGCGUUUGAGGCGGAUCAUCGUGGGAAAAGGGAUUGGAAAACAGCAAAACGCCUUGGAGAUAAACUGUAUGGAUGGGUUGCUCGGGAAGAUGACUACCGUUCAAAAAGCAUUUUUGGUGAACAUCUGAGCAAGAGUUGGGACCUGAAAACUGUUGAGGAAAUACAAGCAGAAGAUAAACGGAAAACAACAAAACUUGUUUCUAACCUUACCAAUGUGAUCGAGGUUAAGACUAUGCGCCUUAAGGAGAUUGAGAGCAAAUACGCGGAGACUUCCAUAUCCUUAAGCAACGUGAUGUCACAGAAAGAUGCAAUGCACCAGGCUUUUAAUGAAGAGAUAACAAAGAUUCAGCAGCAAGCACGUGAUCAUUUUGAGAAAAUUUCGUUGGAGCAUGCAAAGAGUACAAUGCAAUUAGAAGCUCAGAAGAAAGAACUUGAGAAACGUGAGAAAGAGUUGGAGAAACGUAAAGCCCAAAAUGAAAGUGAGAGAAGGAAGAUCUAUAAUGAGAAGAAAAUGAAUAUGAAGGCAACCAUAGAGCAAAAGAAAGCAGAUGAAAAUGUCUUGAGGUUGGCUGAAGAUCAAAGGAGGGAAAAGGAGAAUCUUCACAAAAGAAUUAUUGAGCUAGAAAGGAAACUUGAUGCCAAACAGGCACUGGAAUUGGAGAUAGAGCGUAUGAGGGGGGCUUUACAAGUAAUGAAACACAUGGGAGAGAAUGGGGAUAUGGACAUGAAGAUAAAAAUGGAUGAGAUUCAAGAACAACUAAAAGAGAAAGAAGAAGAGUUGGAUGACCUAGAAGCACUGAAUCAAGCUCUUGUUGUCAAGGAGCGGAAAAGCAAUGAUGAGUUGCAGGAAGCUCGCAAGGAGCUAAUUAGUUAUUUCAAAGGACGGUCAGGCCGCGCUUUUAUUGCCGUCAAGCAAAUGGGAGAUCUGGACACUAAACCAUUUCAGAAAGCAAUGAAAAGAAAAUAUUCCGAGGAAGAAGCAAAUGAGAAAGCUCUGGAGUUGUGUUCCCUAUGGGAGCAGAACCUUACGGAUUCAAGCUGGCAUCCUUUUAAGGUCAUUACUGAUAAAGGAAACUGUAAGGAAAUAAUUGAUGAAGAGGAUGAAAGAUUGAAAGAUCUUCAGAAUGAGUAUGAUGAUGAAGUUUAUAUGGCAGUCACUGAUGCCCUUAAGGAGAUGAAUGAGUACAAUCCAAGUGGGAGGUACGUAGUCUCAGAGCUAUGGAAUUUCAAAGAAGGUCGGAAAGCAACUCUAAGAGAGGGGGUGGAAGAUAUAUUAAAGCAAUGGAGAUUGCAUAAGCGGAAGAGAACCUAAAGUGGAAUGCUUUUGAUUAGCUCGGAAGGCUACUUCCCCCAUGAAAAGCUGCAGCCAAGCUACUGCUUCUUGACAUUGACGACUAUGUACAGAGAAAUAUUUCUUCACAUGGGAGUAAUUGAUAGUAGAUGAAGUUGGUUAGACAUUCUAUAAGGGAAAAUGACAUUGUUUUCUUUCAUCAUGUAAUGCAAGUGAAACAAUGGUUAUGACUUACGAUUGAUGUGCAAAAUAUGCUCUAGCAACUGAUAGUUCUGUAAUCUUUACCUCAACUGAUGGCCCUGAUGCAAGUUGAAGUUGGUUAGUACUUCCUAUGCAAAAUGGUGAAGGGAUUGGCUCUGUGACUGUGCUGCCUAAUGUGGAUUGCAGGGUGCCGUAUGAGGAUUGAGGGGAAGUUGGGCAUGCAUGGUGUUAUUCUGGGAUACUCUUGGGUUUAGUUUCAAGCUUGGAAGCUUCAGCUAUGGUUAUGGGAUUUGAUUUUGAGUAGUUCAAUGGGUCUUCCUUCAUAACAAGCAGGAAAUUUUGAGAUCCCAGGUUGAUAUUUCAUUUUUGUAACUCUGAAAUUCACUUAUCAGCCAAUUGUAGCUUUGGCUGCAAAAAGGGGCCGAAGCAUCCGAAGGAUGAAUACAAUAGCAUCAAUCAUAUGGCCCAGAGAAAGCGGAACUGAUGAGGCUUUUCAUUUGUUUGGAAAAUCAUUUGUGGUUACGCAAUUAUCUCAUCGGACAGCAAAUUGUAAGAAUUGAGAGCAAAACUAUCAAAUAAGAAAAUAGGAGCUUCCAUCAAAA